AUGACGGAACCCAACGCUGUCAAGGAAGCCGAGGCCUCCAUGGCCAACCUUCUCCUCGACGAAGUCACCGGCGAGAAGGUCUCCAAGACCGAGCUCAAGCGCCGUCAGAAGCAGCGCGAGAAGGACGCUAAGAAGAAGGAGAAGGAAGCUUCCGCUCCCCCCAAGGCCGAGAAGAAGGCUUCUGCUGAGGAAGAGGAGGCCAACCUGACCCCCAACCAAUACUUUGAAAUCCGCAGCAAGCGCGUUAACAAGCUGCGCGAGAGCAAGCAACCCGACCCCUACCCCCACAAGUUCCACGUCAAGGACGAUCUGCGCCAGUUCCUCAAGGACUACGAGGGUCUGGCCAAGGGUGAACAGAAGCCCGAUGUCCCCGUCAGCAUUGCCGGUCGUAUCUACACCAAGCGUGCCUCGGGUACCAAGUUGAUCUUCUACGAUAUCCGUGCCGAGGGUGUGAAGGUGCAGGUUGUCUGCCAGGCCCAGCACACCACCGGUGAUGUUUCCUUCGAGGACCAGCACGAGAACCUGCGCCGAGGUGACAUUGUCGGUAUCACCGGUUUCCCCGGUCGCAGUGCCCCCAAGAACCGCCCCGAUGGAGAGCUUUCCAUCUUCGCCCGGGAGGUUGUGCUCCUGGCCCCCUGCCUGCACGCCAUCCCCUCCGAGCAUUUCGGUCUCCAGGACAAGGAGCAGCGUUUCCGCCAGCGCUACCUGGAUCUGAUCAUGAACGACCGAUCCCGCAGCGUCUUCGUCACCCGCUCCAAGAUCGUCAGCUACAUCCGCAACUACUUCGACACCCGUGAUUUCAUUGAGGUCGAAACCCCCAUGAUGAACGCCAUCGCCGGUGGUGCCACCGCCAAGCCCUUCGUCACGCACCACAACGAGCACGACAUGAACUUGUUCAUGCGUGUGGCCCCCGAGCUGUACCUCAAGAUGCUCAUCGUCGGCGGUCUGGAGCGUGUGUACGAGAUGGGACGUCAGUUCCGUAACGAGGGCAUUGACCUGACCCACAACCCCGAAUUCACGACCUGCGAGAUGUACUGGGCCUACGCCGAUGUUUACGACGUCAUGAACCUGACGGAAGAGCUGGUCUCUGGUCUCGUGAAGCACGUUACCGGUGGCUACGAGACGACGUUCCACACGCAGACCGGCGAGGAGUACCACGUCAACUGGAAGGCCCCCUGGCGCCGCGUGGAGAUGAUCCCCGCCCUCGAGGAGGCCACCGGCGAGAAGUUCCCGCCCGGUGACCAGCUGCACACCGCCGAGUCCGGUGAGUUCCUGAAGCGCGUCCUCAAGAAGACCGGCGUCGAGUGCUCGCCGCCCAUGACCAACUCCCGUAUGCUUGACAAGCUGGUGGGUGAGUUCAUCGAGGAGACCUGCGUUAACCCCACCUUCAUCACCGGCCACCCCCAGAUGAUGUCGCCCUUGGCCAAGUACCACCGCCAGCACGCCGGUCUCUGCGAGCGUUUCGAGGCCUUCGUCUGCAAGAAGGAGAUUGUCAACGCCUACACCGAGUUGAACGACCCCUUCGACCAGCGUCUGCGAUUCGAGGAGCAGGCCCGCCAGAAGGACCAGGGUGACGACGAGGCCCAGAUCAUCGACGAGAACUUCUGUACCAGUUUGGAAUACGGCCUGCCCCCUACCGGUGGUUGGGGUAUGGGUAUUGACCGUCUGGUCAUGUUCCUGACGGACAACUACAGCAUCAAGGAAGUUCUUGCUUUCCCCUUCAUGAAGGAGGACAAGACGGCGCAGGACACCAAGAGCGCUGCUGAGGUGGCUGGCGUUGAGCCCCAGCCUGAGGAGGGAAUUCCCCACAAAUAA